UAAAUUGUGUACUACUUACCUAUGCGGCCGCCUGGGCGCGGAUCUCGACGAGCCAGGAGUGGCCGAGCUUGGCCUGCACGCAGGCGCGCGUCGGCUUGUCUGUUCCAAGCCAUGCGUCAUAUACCCCAUUCAUGCCCUCAAAGUCCCGCUCGAUGUCUCGCAGAUAUAUGGUCACCGACAGCAGCUUGUCGCGCGACGAGCCCGCCUCCGUCAGAAUGGCGUCGAGCUUGGCGAGUGCUUGCGCAGUUUGCUCGGCGAUCGACGACGCGGCGUCCGUGCCCACGAGCCCUUGCGUCUCGAUGCGGCCGGCGUGCUUGACCCAUUUGCUCAUGCGCCACGCCUUGAAGCCCGGUGCGCGCUCGAUGAGUGCAUACGACCGUCGGGCACGUAUGCGCUCCAGAACGACGCCGACGAUUGCCGCGGCGGCGACCGACGCGAAGUGGGAGAGAGCUUUUAAUUGCAUCUUUAGCUCUUGCGCAGAGGACUGCCACGGCAAAAAUGAUGAUGUGCAAUGCAGCUCUCAGCUCUCACUCUCUGCUCUCUGCUCUCAGCGAUGCACAGCGUGCACAGCAAUGAGCAAAGGCGUCGUAGGGAUGCGCGGCGCGUCGCUGUGCGGAUGCAGCUGAUGCAACUGGGUCUGAGCUUGCUUGCCGGGCUGCACACAAGCUGAAAGCUGCAAUGCUAGCUGAUCUCGAGUCUCGAUACUCGAGUGUGAGGGCUUGGGUUCGGGUUUUUUUCUCAGGGAAGCGGAGCCAUAUCUCGGACCGA